AUGUCGGCCUCGUCCUCGUCCCUGUGCGGCGGGGACCCGACGAUGAGGAGCGUGGUGUGGUUCCGGAGGGACCUCAGGGUGGAGGACAAUCCGGCGCUUGCGGCGGCGGCGCGUGCCGGUGGGGAGGUAGUGCCGGCGUACGUUUGGUCGCCAGAGGAAGAGGGCCCUUACUACCCCGGGCGUGUGUCCCGGUGGUGGAUCAGCCAGAGCCUGAAGCACCUGGACGCCUCGCUCCGCCGCCUAGGGGCAGGAAAGCUCGUCACACGGAGGUCGGCCGACGCCGUCGUCGCGCUGCUCCAGCUGGUCCGCGACACCGGCGCCACGCACGUCUACUUCAAUCAUCUAUACGACCCGAUCUCACUAGUCAGGGAUCACCGGUUGAAGGAGAUGCUGACGGCUGAGGGCAUCGUUGUGCAAUCUUUCAAUGCGGAUCUGCUGUAUGAGCCAUGGGAAGUUGUCGAUGAUGAAGGGCAACCAUUCACCAUGUUCGCCGCGUUCUGGAACAGGUGCCUCAGCAUGCCGUAUGACCCCCCUGCACCACUUCUGCCCCCGAAGAAGAUCAAUUCAGGUGACUUAUCGAUGUGUCCAUCGGAAGAUCUGAUCUUUGAGGAUGAUUCAGAGAGGGGAAGCAACGCUCUUCUGGCCCGAGCAUGGACGCCAGGGUGGCAGAACGCAGACAAGGCACUGACGGCCUUCCUCAAUGGUCCAUUGGCUGACUACUCAGUGAACCGCAAGAAGGCUGAUAGUGCGAGCACAUCCCUACUCUCACCUCACCUGCAUUUUGGUGAGCUUAGUGUGCGCAAAGUUUUCCACCUAGUUCGUAUGAAGCAGCUUGUGUGGAGUAACGAGGGCAACCAUGCUGCUGAGGAGAGCUGCACCUUGUUUCUCCGUUCCAUUGGCCUGCGGGAGUACUCUCGGUACCUGAGCUUCAAUCACCCAAGCAGCCAUGAGAGGCCCCUCUUGGCGCACCUCAGGUUUUUCCCCUGGGUGGUCAAUGAGAGCUACUUUAAGAUUUGGAGGCAGGGAAGGACUGGGUACCCGCUCGUUGAUGCUGGCAUGAGGGAACUGUGGGCGACAGGAUGGUUGCAUGACCGGAUACGUGUGGUGGUUUCAAGCUUCUUUGUCAAGGUCCUUCAACUUCCAUGGCGAUGGGGUAUGAAGUACUUCUGGGACACAUUACUGGAUGCUGAUCUUGAAAGCGAUGCACUGGGCUGGCAGUACAUCACUGGCUCUCUUCCUGAUAGUCGAGAGCUUGACCGCAUCGACAACCCCCAGUUUGAAGGCUACAAGUUCGACCCGCAUGGGGAGUAUGUCCGACGGUGGAUUCCUGAGCUCGCAAGGCUACCGACAGAAUGGAUACAUCAUCCAUGGGAUGCACCUGUUUCCGUGCUGCAAGCUGCAGGAAUUGAGCUGGGAUCCAACUAUCCUCUCCCCAUAGUUGAGCUAGACGCGGCCAAAGCCAGACUGCAAGAAGCCCUAUCAGAAAUGUGGCAGCUGGAGGCAGCAUCAAGGGCCACCAUGAACAAUGGAAUGGAGGAAGGCCUCGGCGAUUCCUCAGAGGUUCCGUUUCCUCAAGAAUUACAGAUGGAAAUCGAUCGGCAGCCAGCCCAGGCAACAGCCAAUGUGCCGAUGACUGCUCGGAGGCGUGAGGAUCAGAUGGUGCCUACCAUGACCUCUUCAUUGAACCGAGCUGAAACAGAGGUUUCCGCCGAUCUAGGGAACAGUGAGGACACUAGGGCACAGGUUCCGUUUCAUGCACAUUUCCAUCCCCGAGUUGAGAGGGAAGACAUGAUCCAAAAUACUGAAGGCCCUGUGCCUAGAAUCAAUGGCACUCACCAGCACAACAUCUUUCAGCAACCUCAGAAUCAUAGGCGAGAAGCUCUUGCUCCAUCAGUGUCGGAGGCUUCAAGUAGCUGGACCGGCAGAGAGGGCGCUGUGGUCCCAGUUUGGUCACCUCCUGCAGCAUCAGGCCAUUCAGAAACUUUUGCUGCUGAUGAAGCUGACGUUUCUAGUAGGAGUUAUUUGGAUAGGCAUCCACAGUCGCACCGGCUGAUGAACUGGAGUCAAUUAUCACAGUCAUUGUGA